GUCACACGUAGAGAGAGAAAGCGCUCCCAUAGCACUGCCGAAUGGCAGAGCAAAAGCGACUCUUCAUUGCUAACUCCCGCCUGCGUGCAUUCGACGUAACUUUUCAAAAAGCUACUCCCCUUCGGAUGUGUAGGUUGUGUCCUUUGUCCACAGUUCGGGCUACUAGCUGGGUUUAUUUUACGCCUGCUACGUUAGUAGUAGCUGGGAGAACCAAACGAGAUGGGGGCGAAGUAGGUGGCUCGCUAGCUAGAUAAGAGUGAAGGUUGGACUGUCUGUACUGCAGGGGCUGUGGGUAGCCUUGGUUGUGGUAUGCGGACUAAGUAGUUAGCAAGGAUACGAUUGAAGAAGGAAAACGCUGAGUUAAGUGUAACGGCAUUCUCGCCUGCUCGUGAAGGGAAUGUUUGAACUUGCAGUGUGUUUUAUACACGACUGCUACCUGGUUGCUAGCUAAAAGCGACAUUGAACAGAGAGAGGAAAGGAUCAACUUUCCAGCCUGACGCAGAACCGCAAACAUGCAGUUGACGGAGUUCCUUGCUUCAGGAACCUUCCUGAGCCUGCUCCUUGUCCGGUGGUCCGACAGCCUUUCCUUGUCCUCGGAAGAAGCUAACCAGUUCUUGAGGAGACACAGGAGAGCGAAUCACGUUUUCGAGGAGACGAAACAAGGGCACCUGGAGCGAGAAUGUGUGGAAGAGAAGUGUAGCAAAGAGGAGGCGAGAGAAGUAUUCGAGAACGACCCUGAAACAGACUACUUCUUUCCAAAGUACUUAGCGUGCAUGGAGAAGUUCGGAGACACGGACAAGAAGAAACAAGACCUGAUCACCUGUGUUCACAAUAUUCCAGACCAGUGCUCUCCGUCUCCCUGUAAUCCUCGAGGUACGGUGCGCUGUGAGGACAAAAAGGGUGACUUCCUCUGCCACUGCUUCACUGGCUGGACAGGAGUCCGUUGUGAGAAAGAUGUCAACGAGUGCAACAAGAGGAAUGGAGGAUGUGACCACGAGUGUAACAACACUAUGGGUAGCUACCAUUGCUCCUGUCGCCGUGGUUAUAUGCUGGUCGGACGCCAGAUGUGUAACGACAUGGAUGAGUGCCAGGAUCCAGGUAUGUGUGGGACAGCGAGGUGUGUGAACCAGGAUGGAGCCUAUGACUGUCUGUGUGAGACGGGAUACGUUUACGACAACAACACCAAGACCUGCCUAGAUGUGGACGAGUGUGAGCAGGGAGUGUGUGAGGAGUGUGUGAACACACCCGGUAGUUUCCGGUGUUUCUGUGACGGUCGGCAGGGCAAGAAGUUGAGCCGCGACCUCAGGAGCUGUCAGGAGAUCACUACAUGUGUGUCUCUCACCAUGAAGAGGAACUCCCGUUCUCUCUACCUGGGCCGGAUGUUCAGCGGUGUUCCAGUGGUCAGGCUACGCUUCCGCAGGAGAGUCCAGACUGGCUUCUCAGCUGAGUUUGACCUCCGUACCUUUGACCCGGAGGGGGUCAUCUUCUUCGCUGGUGGUCACCUGAACAGUUCCUGGAUUGUUCUGGCAAUGCAUCAUGGGAAGCUGGAGCUGCAGCUGAGGUACGGGGCGGUCAGCCGGGUCACCAGCAGCGGGCCCGUCGUCAACGACGGACAGUGGAGAAAGAUCUCAGUGGAGGAGCAGGGGCGGAGUCUGGUGAUAAAGAUUGACAGGGAGGCGGUGAUGAAGAUAGCUGUGAAUGGAGAUCUGUUCACCCUGAAGAAAGGCUUGCAUGAACUCAACCUGACUGUAGGGGGCGUCCCUUUCAAAGAGGACAGUCUCAUCAACCAGGUGAACCCGAGGUUUGAUGGCUGUAUGCGCGAGUGGCGCUGGUUAACAGGAGAGGAUACGUCCAUUCAGGAGACCAUCAAGUCUAAUGACAACAUGCAGUGUUUCAGUACAGAAAACCCCGGAACCUAUUACCCUGGGACAGGCUUCGCUCUGUUCAACAUCACAUACGCAGAGUCCCAGUCUCUGAGUAUCCAGCUGACUCUGAGACCAGCCUCCACUGUUGGGGUUCUAUUGGCACUGGUUUAUCAGGACAGCGUCCCUCUCUCCAUCUCUCUCUCUGACUACCACAGAGACAACCAGGAGUGGCGGGAGUAUGUCCUGGUCGCUGUGGGUGAUGUGAUCGUGGCCAGCGCCCCGGCCUUCCUGUGUGAUGCAGAGGUUCAUGAGGUCAAUGUGACGGUCAGUGGGAACCUGACCAUACUAGAGGUGGACGGUCAGCCUGGACAGAGUCACACCACACCUGGACAGGAGACGGUUGACCUCAGUCUGCCUUCAACCACCUUUAUAGGAGGGCUCCCCGACGUGCCCCUGGUGUCGACCCUGGUGUCGUCUUUCUACCGCGGCUGCAUGGAGGUGACGAUCAACGGCCUGGGUCUGGACCUGGACGAGGCCUUCCACAAACACAACGACAUCCGCUCCCACUCCUGCCCUCUGCUGGGGGGGGCCUUGUGACCGCUGCAGUCCCCUUCAGCCCCGUCCUCACUGGAGUCGGGGGAAGUUGCCCCUAGACACUGAUCUUGGGUCAGUUUGACAUUUCCCCCCACAAAUGGUUAAGGUUAGGAUUAGGGGGAGUGGAAGCUGAUCCUAGAUCUGUAGCAAGGGGAAACUUCACCCCUGUCCACCAUAACCCACAGGGCCUUAACCUAAGCAAGGAAUGAGUCCCAAAUAGCACUCUAUUCCCUAUAUGACCCCUAUGGGUUCUGGUCAAAACUAGUGCACUAUUUAGGGAAUAGGGUGCCAUUUGGGAUGUACCCAGGAGCUGGCCGAGUGGCCAACCCUUCUCCCGACCAACCCUUCUCCCGACCAACCCUUCUCCCGACCAACCCUUCUCCCGACCAACCCUUCUCCCGACCAACCCUUUUCCCGACCAACCCUUUUCCCGACCAACCCUUUUCCCGACCAACCCUUUUCCCGACCAACCCUUUUCCCGACCAACCCUUUUCCCGACCAACCCUUCUCCUGGACAUUCACUCAGUCAUUCUACUCUCAGCGUGAUUGAAUGUAGGAGCAGCACUCUCACAUCUGAGGUUGCAGGUGCGUAGGAGAAUUCAGUGAUAUCUUGAAAAGAAAAAUCCAAUAUCUCACACUGCUCUUGCCAGUAUCUUUUAGUGUAAUAAGCUUAUGUAUCGGGCUCACGGCCUUCGUCAGAGCUAACGGUGAUCAAACUGGAUCCAUAAGUGGAAUAGCUGGCAGUACUCCAGAAGAGGUUUGGUAAACUGACCCAGUCCCGUGUGUAUUCAGUAGCACAAGGCUUUGUUGUUGUAAAACUUGCACACCAUCGCAGGUAAAAAUGGACUGAGUUUAAUAAAAACAUCUGUUCGGUGCUUUCCAACUUAAUGCAAACUUAGUUUACCUGCAAUUUAGCUCUGCACACUGCCUACAGAUUACAACAUAGGGCUAGGCCUUCUCUUAAUAUGACCCCAUUAAAAAAACCUUCCUUACCCUCCCAAACCAUGCUUCUAGUCCUCUACAGUUACAUCCACCCACCCUCAGCCAAUGAAACACUCCAUAAUGUCCCCCUUUCACAUGCCCCUCCCUCCUUCCCUCAGUAUCACCAAUCAGCACACGCCAGGAACACACUUUAAGCCAAUCAGAUGAGGCUAAUUAACAUGCAGUAACCAAUCAGACACACAGGGGGAGGGCAUCAAGAGCACUGCUUCACCACACUGAGCUACUGAGAGAAUAGGAGUGUAAGCGCUGUAAUAUACUGUAUGUGUAAAUAAUGUGACUAAAUGCUUUUUAGAAAAAAUACGAAAGAAAGAAAAAAAACGACCUCAACGCAUCAAGAUAAUCAUCCAAAACGGUUUCACUUCUCUAAAGAAUGUCAGAAGAACAUAAUCUUUCAUUAUUUCAUUAGGCCAGAAAGGGCUGCGGUAUUUCCUCCUCUGGGAUCUAGAGUUUCUGAUGAAUUUCACAAUGGAGCGGUUGAUGGAGGUUUUCUCUUCUGUGUUAUUAUACUAUAGGUUUGUUGGGCUGGUGAUUUGUUCACCUGUCUUUUUAGUCUUUACAUCCCUGAUCACAUCAAUUCAGUCUGUUUGAAAACUUAAUAAAGAUGAUGGCAUGGAGUUUUAAAA